AUGAUCUUUCAUUGGUCAGUGGUCACCUGUGGUCACCUGUUUUUUUGUUUUUUUUUCUAUUAGUCUGUGUACAGAAUGAACAUAAGUAUUUAAUUUUGAUUGAUACUCUUCUAUAUUUCAAAUAUCUUCGAUAAGAUAGUUUAUUGUUGUAUAGCAAUAAACCAUUGAAAGGAAAAUUCUUGGUUAAGAAUCCUUAGUGAAUGUUACCUGACUGUUACAUCCUUCACAAGGGAUUUAUAUCAUAAUAUUUCUGUAAUCAAGCUAUAAUCCCAAUAUUAAACUUAUACAAGAACUAGGACAACAAACCAGAAGUUACUUUAAACUUCAUUGAAAUGGCUAUCAAUGGUGGGAUAAACAAUAUGGUCAAAAAACUAAGUAAUAUCUUAUAUAUGCAGCACAAUUAUUGUGGCCAGUCCUGCAGUGUGGUCAAGUGUUGGCAGUGGAAUAUAAAACGGUUUAUUAUGUUUCAAACAAACAAAACUAUUCAAGAUAAAUAUGCGGUACUUAUAUUGAACAGACCCAUCUCGCAAAAUCCAGAUUUUGUCAAAAGUUUUUGGAAUAACGCUUCAGUUAGAAUGGCAGUUGACGGCGGUACAGCACGUUGGGACACAUUUUUAAACCAAUUACCAGAAGAUGUACAGAAAACUAUGAAACUUCCAGAUUUUGUUACAGGAGAUUUUGAUUCACUCACAGAAGAUGUAUUGAAUAAAUAUAAAAAGAAAGGGACUAAGACAAUAAGGACACCAGAUCAAAACAACACAGAUUUUACUAAAGCAUUGAUGGAAUUAAAUAAACAUUGUCAACAAGAAAACUUGCAGCUGGACCAUGUCAUAGCCGUCUGUCAGAACUCAGGUAGACUAGAUCACAUCCUAGCCAACAUACAAACGUUGCAUCUCGUUAAAGUGGAUAAUUUGCUCAAUCCAAACACAACGGUGUAUAUAUUGUCAGAUGAUUCAAUAUCGUGGCUUCUGUCACCCGGGGACCACGUGAUCAGCGUGCCUGAGGAGACAAGGCAACAUAGAAGAGCAUGGUGCUCACUAGUUCCAAUAGGAACACCAUGCGAAAGCGUCACGACCAGCGGACUGAAAUGGAACUUAGACAAUCAAGAAUUAAAAUUUGGUGAGCUAGUCAGUACGUCAAACACAUUUGAUGGCUCCGAAUUUGUGAAAAUUAAAUGUAGUCACGUAAUAUUAUGGUCAAUGAGGGUCCCUCAUUUGAUAAGCGAAUGAAAAUGGACAUUUAGGCGCCCAAUAGACGAUAUUUUGCUAUCAGUUUCGCCUGAAACGAAAACUGAUCCAGUAAUGAAAUUAUUAAUAUAUAUGUGACGCCGAUCGUUUAAUUCCGUCAAAUAUUUAUAAUUCCAGACUGAUGGAAUGAAGGACGCAUUCAUGUAAUGGACGACUUAAAACUUAUCGUGCCUCAUUACAGGAGUUUGUUCUCCUUCUUCUCGUAAGAUUAUGACCAAAAUAAAUCUCAUUCAUAAUGUUAAUGUUAUAAUUUAUUGUUAUCAUUCUGUUUAGUUAAUAACGUAAUUUAAUUGCCAAAUAGACUGUAGUAAAUAUAUUCCAAUAAAAUAUAUUGUGAUCUUCUGUGACUUACUGAUCAUGUUUUGAACAAAAUUACAUUUAUAGUGCAAUGCAAUUAUUUAUUUGCAUUUUUAUGAUAGAAAAUGUUUAUUGUUUUAACGAAGCUAUGUUCUAGGGUUCAAGGGAUGCAACUUACAUUGAAUAAUACUGUAACUACGACUACUAAUAUAAGUCGUAUACAAUUUCAUGACAGGGGUAAAUAUGUUUGUGUAAAUUAGGUAUUUGGUUUGAUUCUUACUGGUCAAUUUUAAAAAAUGCCUGUAAUAUGUUUUAGUUUAUGCCCAUUGAUGUUUCUUCUCUUAUUUUUCAUAACAAAUAUUUUAAGAACCAAACAUAUCUGUGUCAUUCUUUAUUUUGAUGAGCGAAUAAAUAAUAUGUUCCUAAAAAGUUAUUAUAAUGAAAAUUAUAUGUGAAGUAAUUUUUUUAUUGUUAUUUUAUUACUGUAAGAUAUAUUUUAAUCUUUGUAAUUAAAUUAAACCUAUUUUUUUUUCUAAAUUUUGAUUAAUUUAUUGAUAAAUUAGUAUUUAGAAUUACUAUUUAUAAUUAUUAUAUUUUUAUAUAUACGGUAUUAAUGCUUUUAAUUAGCAUUGUCAUAUAACAAUAUUUACAGUGGUUAUAUUAUGACCGAAUUUUUAGUUUACGUUUUUUAUUACUACGUUCUAUUAUAAACGCUAUAAACAUAAUUAUUUCUAAUUUAUUUUAUAAAAAUUAACAAUAACUUGAAAAUUUAAUAUAUUUUAAUAUCACAGAACUUGUGCAGUAACAAUAAUAUGUGAACAAAGUCGAUUGCGCAUGCUUCAUUGUUUAUGGUCUAGUAUUUGUCCAUUAUCUGUGCUAUCUAUGGUUUAGUAUUCCUUAUUAUCUGUGUUAUAAUUUUUUUAUAUGUCUGUAGAACAUAUUUUGAAAUAUUAAAUAACAAUGAAGAACUAUCGAAAAUCGAUAGAUCAGUACUUACCAUAAUAAUAAAAAAAAAAAUUAAUAAUUGACUAGUUAAUAAAUUAUUUACCAUUGUUGCAUGGUCACAGAUACCUAUAAAUUCGUAACCUGCCUUAUUGACUCGGUGCAAUUAGCUUUAACAAUAAGUGUAGCUAUUACAAUUAUGUUUCCCUUUUUUUAGGAUACUUUAAUAAAUCAUCAGUGUACUAAUAUAGAGUUACAAGAGUUUACUGAAUCAGUAGAUAUGUAUGUAAGUAUGUUUAUGAGUAUUAUUUAUUCGAGUAUAUAUUAUGAAAGUGGAUGAAACGUGAGUUGUAAGAAGAGGCAAACAUUGACGUAUUUAAGAUUAUUUUGCAGCGAGAGGGGGGGGGGUCUGUACUCUUUGAAAAGGCGCAUAUAUAUAGGCGCACCAGACACAAUUCUAGGGUACUCAUAGUUUUCUCAUGAUUUUCCGUUGUUGAGUGAUUUUUUAGCUUCUCCCAUAAUUCGUAUGUACGAAUUUGUAUUUACAUCUUUGAUAUGAACAUAUACCUAACGAUAAAUCAAUGGACAGUAUCAACUUUGCUUUAAUUUUCGUGUCUUCUGCAGUUUCGGUUUGACUAAAUUCUGGUUUGAUGCAUGCCAGUAUUGACUUCAAAACUAGGAAAUUCUCCGUGAUGCAAGUACACUCACUGAAGCUCUCAUGCUUUUUAAGUUUCAAUGUGCUCGCAAUAUAAUUCGACGUCAUUUUUGUAUAUUUUUUAAACAUCAUUAUGUUUAAUAUGUGUUGUAUUAUUCUACAAAAAUUUUUAUGGACCCAAAAAAAAUUGGAUCCCCCAUACAUAUCUGUUACGCCUGUCUCCCAUUACCUUAAUGGGAAGGAAACAAACAAUGGAACGCCAAAUGCUUCGAUUCAAACAAACCUCUUUCGUUUCUUCCAUAUAACUGGGCCCAUAACUUAAUAUAUGGACCAAGUUAUAACACGACACAUUGAGAUUUGUUUGGAAAACUGACAACUUAAUUGAAUGGAAUAGUACAUAUAAAAAGAUAAUAAAUGCCGUCUACAGUGUUUAUAUGAUUUGUUCCUAUAAAACAGCUAUUAACGUAUUAAUAUACAAUUGUAUAUUUAAAAAAAAAAGAGAUACAAAAGUUUUUACUUUGCAAUGAAGAUAGCCACAUACAAAAUACAUUUUAGAUCGACCCCAAUCUAUUGUUGUCGGAAGUAUCUUAUUACCUACUCAUUUAAUGUUGACCUUGUCAUACAAAUGUCAAUGUUCAAGUGUUCCAAAUAGCAUAUGAUCAUAAUAUAGUAUAUCUAUUGAAAGAAAAAGGUAAUAUAGUUGCUUAUAAUGUAAUGUAAUAAAAGUUUACAAUCUCUAAUCAUAGAAUAGAAGUAAUAUUCAAUUAAACUAACUUGAUCGCAAGUAAUUUUAAAUGUUCUAUUUUUAUAAUCGAAAUUGUACCACUGGGUUCUGUAUGUAUCUUAUUGACAGUGUGAAUAUAUUGAUGGUGAUAAGCUGUUUAAACAAAUUGCAAGUUGAUAGCCUCGAUGGGGGAAAAAGGUUUGUUAGUAAUGUGGUCGAAAUUUCUAUUGCUAGCUAUAUACCCUGUCAGAUUGACCUCCACUGGAUUUGCUUGGUUCGGUUUGAAGGGUGGAAUAAGGUAACAAACAGUGAAUUUACAAGGUACAGAGGAAUAACACCCGAGUCCUCAGGAAUGGCAAUGCAUAAACAACAAACAACUGGGGAAACAGUAUACUCUGUUAUGUCCAUGGUACUGCUCAUGCCUAUAGGCGACGGUUACCACUUUCCAUCAGGUGGCCCGUUAGCUUGUUUGCCAUUCUAAGUUGCAUAAAAAAAUUGAUUCAUUAAAAAUUCGUAUCCAUAAUUUUUUUCAGUGAGUAUAAAUUUAUUGUCUUUUUAAGGAUACGUUAUUUAGACUAUAUAUUACAAUAAGUUUAUUUUUUAAUUAAGCGCUUGUCAUUCAACAUUUCCGAAUUCAAUUGCAUUUUAGUCUAUUUUAUCUUCAGAUUUUGUUGGAACAUUUUUGUGUUGAAUGUUUAUGCUUUUUAAUGUACCGUCAUCGAGUAAUGUCGACAACGUUCUGCAGUAAAAAUUUGUACCUAUUUUUUGCUUUACACUUUUUAAUUUGGUGGUCGGGUUUUCCGCGAGGUAAACGUUUUGAAUCAUUGAUACGUUGGUAACGCCACAGGAAUGGAUUUGUUUUAGGCAUACAAAGUAUGAUUUUCCUCCUUAACUAAUGUGUCUUGAAAUUUAUUUAAACUUUGACUAUAUGUUGGCCCUGAUUCUCAGGCUACUGUCGUAUGUUCUUUGUAUUUAUUAAGAAGUGACAUUGUCACUUUUGUAACUAUCGUUUUGAAUGAAAUAAGUUUUCUUAACUUUAACGAGUUUAUUAAUACCAAUGCGAUACGUGAGAAGAAUAUAGACAUGAUACUAGGCUUGGAAAAUAUUGCUACAUUUAAUUAAUUAUCAUUUAGUAAGAUUAUUAUUUUAUUUCACAUGAUAAAAUUUAGUGACAAUUCAGAAAAAAUCGCAAAAUAAGCGCUCACAAUGAUGUAAUGCUACCCUCGCUAGUAUUUGUAAUUGAAAGUAAUGUAUGAAUUAUAUUUUUGAUGUAAAGGAGCCGAAUAGAUACUUUAAUGCAGUAUGAUAAAGUCUCUAUUCACUCGCUCUGCAUGUCCCAGUCUCUCACGUAUAAAUCCGAAUUUGCGAUUUUAUUUAGAGUGAUUCGUAGCACUUUUCAUGGUGUGACGUAGCUGGAUUGACGUAUGACUUGGCGUAGCAGAUGAAAUUUCAUUUGAGACACGUGAAAUAUUCCAAAACCACAUGACACAGUAUCAUUUUUCUUCAUCAUCAUCAUCAUCAUCAUCAUCAUAUCAUCAUACCUUUAACUGCCCACUGUUGAACAUAAGCCUCCCACUUGGGGAGGUUACAAUACUAUAGUAGUAUAAAAUAACUCAUUGGUAUGUACAAUAGUAUAUAAUAGUAUAAAAUAAUAAAUAAACGUAUAUAGUCAUUGUUAAAGAAUUUUAACUAUUUGUUUUAUAAAAUGAUUCUUGUGAUGAAUUUACAUAUUUUCCAAUUUGUCUCGUCGAGAUCCAUUUCUGUGCUUACUAAUUCAUUUCAAUCCUUCACGGGAAAAUGUGUCUCGUUUACGCUACCUUUAUUCUUCAGAACUGAAUACGACUUGCAUUGUUGCUUAAUGGCAGCAAUAGGUUGACUGAGGAAGACUUAACUACGCAUUACUUAGAAGAGAGAGAGA